GUGCCUACACUGGUCCCACAGGUUUUCAGCUGUGGAGUUUGGGAUCUGAGCUUGGAGCCCAUUUGUUUCUGGCAGUUCGGUUCAUAUUUUCCACUUGAAGACAUCGCCUCCCUUCCUUCCAAGCUGGGAGACCAGAAGUCAACAACAGGAGGGUGGAGAGGCCGGAUCUCACAGUCCGCUUGGGUGGGGAGUCCACUGAGGUUCUUGCAUCCUGAAGCAAACCAUGGAGAGCUGGUGGGGACUUCCCUGUCUUGCGUUCCUGUGUUUUCUAAUGCACACCCGAGGUCAAAGAGACUUUGACUUGGCGGACGCCCUUGAUGACCCUGAACCCACCAAGAAGCCAAACUCAGAUAUCUACCCAAAGCCAAAACCGCCUUACUACCCACAGCCCGAGAAUCCCAACAGCGGUGGAAAUAUCUACCCAAGGCCGAAGCCACGCCCUCAACCCCAGCCUGGCGAUUCCGGCAACAGUGGAGGUUACUUCAAUGAUGUGGACCGUGAUGACGGACGCUACCCGCCCAGGCCCAGGCCGCGGCCGCCUGCAGGAGGUGGCGGCGGUGGCUACUCCAGUUAUGACAACUCCGACAACACGCACGGAAGAGGGGGCUAUAGACCCAACUCUCGUUAUGGAAAUACUUAUGGUGGAGAUCACCAUUCAACGUAUGGCAAUCCAGAAGGCAAUAUGGUAGCAAAAAUCGUGUCUCCCAUCGUAUCCGUGGUGGUGGUGACACUGCUGGGAGCAGCAGCCAGUUAUUUCAAACUAAACAAUAGGAGAAAUUGUUUCAGGACCCAUGAACCAGAAAAUGUCUGAAGAUGUUAAGAUCCCCUGAUUACUUUGAGAAAAACAACCAAAACAAGAACCCUGUUUAUCACUGUUGUAGAAAUUUCCUUUUAUUCUUGACACAAUUUGAUGACCUAAACUGUGUUUUCUUCCGUGUAAAGUACAUGAGCUGCCUCACUAAGCAUUCCCAACUCAUUGGAUGUGAUGUGGUUAUAAAGAUAAGUGAGGCAGCUAGACCCUGCAUUCUAAAAAGGAUUUCUUGCAAUGUUGGUUUGGCUAUUCAUUUGCACGAAGAGACUGUGGCUCUCUGUUGUGAGAUCUUCAGCUACCUCAUGGUGCAAUAACACACGCAUGCUUAACCAUGUUGAUGGCACAAAGCAGUGAGCAGUAGGGAGGUAGAGUAUCUUGUUGGGGAGGGGAUGUUAUCAGCUUCUGGGAGAUGAAGAAUAUCGUUGAGGUUCCAAAGAUGCUGGACCUGUGCUAAAUUCUUCAGUGAUAUGAAAAAUCAUUGAGCAUUCAUUAUUGCCAAUGAAGUGGGGAUGCAUUAUUUCUGACACCCACAAGCAGGGUCUGAUCAUCCUUUCAGCUUUGAUAUAUCUGCACAUAAAAUUAUUAUUACCUGAAGAAAAUAAGGCUGCAUUUUGAAAUGUUAAGUGCAAAACGACUGAUGUUAAAACCAUCUGGGGGAAAUCUUGGGAUACUUUUUCCUAGGAAAUCAUAUGGUUGUGAUAUGUUUUGGCGCAUAGGAGACAGAAAUGGUGAUUAUCAGGUGUUGAGCCUUUUUGUAGUGUUUGUGGUCUUUGAUAGUCUGUAAGUACUAGUUCCUAAGGCAACAACAUUGCAUUCCUUCAUUUAUACUUUUCCUAUUCAUCAGAGUAGGAAAUCUUAAAUCCUUAGGCAUCCAAGAAGUAUACUAGCUUUUUGCUUCUCUUUUAGAAACACUUGUGGGGAGAGAAAAAAGGAUGGUUUGGGCAUAUUGGUAUAAUUUGAGUAAACUAAGGUUAAUGUUCAUAUAACAUUUAGACUUUGCCAUAAAUAUCAGAACCAGAGAUCAAGACAUUCAUGUACAGUCUGGAAUGUAUAUAUGGGGCCCAUAAAAAUUCCCAGUAUGCAUGUUUUAUGCUCACCAUUAUGAAUUGGGGUCUUCAAAGAGAGAAGGUUGAAAGUGGAAAGCACUUGAAAGAGCUCCCCAGUUUGUCAGUUUGUAAAAUACCUUUAAUCGUUCACAUUAGGCAUCUCGGAGUUGCGGGUCUCAAAGGUGGAUUCAUGCAUCAUUUGUGCAAUUUGAAGACAGUCCAUAUUUCCUGUUUCAGUGUUAGGUCCUGCAACACUUUUCAAUUCUUGUAGAAGGUUUUUCUUCAGGAGUGGUGAUGUCUGAUGCUCAAUUACUAUUUUCUUUAUGAGAGUUUCAGCAUGAGCUUAAUUAAAUUCUUGUGAAAAAGCCUCUGUGUUUUUAGUUACAUACACACACACAUACCUACUUAAAUGGAAUCUAAACAUUUUUAGCCUUUAAUCCAUUCCAUUUUCUAAAACUGUCAUAAACCAUUUUUAAUCAUUUUAAAUAAAUGUAAAAGAAAAAUAACUGGAUUCGAUUAUUGCAUAGUUUUUUCUAUAUUUCACAAAUAAAUUUUAUGAAAUGGCUGUAGAAGUGGCCCCAAAAUUAUGAACCUUCAUAGCUGUGAAUAAUAUGCAAUACAUCUCUUUUAAAGCUCAAGAUAGAUUAUGAACAUAUGAAAUUCAUAGAGUUACCUAAUAAUGAGAUUAAAUUCACCUGGGUGACAAGGAUAAUGUUCAACCUACUUAAAAUGAAAAUAUUUGAAUAAUGAUUGCUUGGGGGAACCUCUCUUUGAGGGGUCAUGAGGACCACCUGUUGGGUAUUCUGUUUUCAUGCUGAGAAGGUGAGAAUUGAACAAAUGAGAAAAGCCUUGAUAAAAUGUCAUUUCCAUGUAUUUUAGAGAAGGAUAACCUUCACUAUACAGUUGACCCUUGAACAACACAGGGCUGAACUGCAUAGGUCCACCUAUAUGUGAAUUUGCUUCUGGCUCUGCCAUUACUGAGACAGCAGGACCAACCCUCCGUCUACUCAAUGGGAGUAGACCUUUAUGGUGAUCCACUUCCACUUAAUAAAUAGUAAAUUCAUUAA